CAUUUAUCUUCGCCUAUAAAUGCGUUUCACGUCCACCAAACUCAUCUCUCUCUUGAAACCCAGCAUAAGAGUGAAAUAAAAGAAACAGAGAAAAUGUGUGGCGGUGCUAUCAUAUCCGAUUUUGUUCCUAUCCUCACCAAGGCCAAGGGUAGGAAACUCACGGCGGAGGAACUCUGGUCUGAGCUCGAUGCUUCCGCCGGCGACUAUUUAUGGAGUUUCCAUCCCACCUCCAAGCUUCAACCCACCAACCAACAAGUGGCGUUGAAAGAUGAGGCGGUGGUGAAGGAGAAGGAGAGGGAGCCAGCGACGACGGAGAAACGGGGGAGGAAGAGGAAGAACGUUUACAGAGGGAUACGUAGGCGUCCGUGGGGAAAAUGGGCUUCAGAGAUACGAGAUCCACGGAAAGGCACCAGAGUCUGGCUCGGGACGUUCAACACGGCGGAGGAAGCCGCCAUGGCUUAUGACGUAGCUGCUAAGCGUAUCCGCGGCGAUAAAGCCAAGCUCAACUUCCCUGAUCUUAUUCCUCCUCCGCUGACAUCACCCCCAGUGUCAGACGAUCAGCCUCCGGCGAAGAAGCUCUGUGUACUCUCUCAGAGCGAGUUAACUCAGCCGAGUUUCCCGGUCGAGUGCAUUGGGUUCGGGAACGGUGACCAGUUUCAGAACCGGAGUUACGGGUUUGAGCUUGAUUACGAUCUUAAACAGCAGAUAUCGAGCUUGGAGUCUUUCCUUGAGCUUGACGGUGGUACCACGGGGGAGCAGCCGAGUCAGCUCGACGAGUCAGUGGAUGUGUGGAUGAUUGAUGAUGUCAUCUCAUCGUAUGCAUAAAAUAAAGUAAAUGUAAUAAGUGAAAAUCAAAUAAAGUCUGUAAUAUAUGGAACAUAUGUAACCGCCGUUACUUUCUAAGGCUUUUUACCAUUACAUGGAACUGAUGAUGAUGAUUA